AUGCUCUGCUGGUCUCUCUCGUUCUACCCGCAGCCGAUCAAGAACUGGCAACGUCGCUCCACCUCGGGCUCGACCAUCUCGUUCCCGACCUCCAACGUGCUUGGCUUCAUCUGCUACGCUGUCUACACCUCGACCUUCUACUUCUCCCCCGUCAUACGGCACCAGUAUGCCGUCCGUCAUCCAGAGGCGCCGGAGCCCACCGUGCGCGCCAACGACGUUGCGUUUGCCUUCCAUGCAGUCCUGCUGAGCGUGUUGACGUAUUCCCAGUUCUACCCGAUGAUAUGGGGUUUCAAAGCAUCGGCGCACCAGAACGUUAGCGCCCCUGUGGCCGGGAUGGUGGUAGGAUGCGUGCUGUGCAUACUCGGCGUCUUCCUCCUGGCGUGGUCGAAGGGCGGUAACGAUGCUUCCGAUUGGGCCUGGAUAGAUGGUAUCUAUACCAUGUCAUAUGUCAAGUUACUUGCAACGGUAGUCAAGUACUGUCCCCAGGUGUACUUGAACUACCGGCUAAAGUCAACGGUGGGAUGGAGCAUAUGGCAGAUCCUUCUUGAUCUGAUAGGCGGCAUCCUCUCCCUGAUACAGCUGGUCAUUGACUCCUCGCUUGAAAACGACUGGAGCGGUAUCACAGGCAACCCGGCGAAAUUCGGUCUAAGCAAUGUGAGCAUUUUCUUUGACUUUAUCUUCAUUGCCCAGCAUUACAUCCUUUACCGGAAUAGCAAUGGGUCAAAGGAAAGUGAUGAUGAGGAUGAAGAUGUUGAGAGUCAAGCUCCUGUUCGACAACCACUGCUUCGGCAGAGAGAAAGAGCCUAG